AUGGUGUCGGCCAAUAACGAAGGGCCAUGCGAACAAUCCUCGUCCACAUCACCCCCUUCCAACAAUAAAGGGGCGGUCUUCGAGCUCAAUGGAAAACUGCUCAGGAAUACGGGUCUCCAUCUUGACGGAGAUUCUGAGCACGAUGAACAAUAUUGGCACGUCAAUGGCGGGAUCUGGCGUCCUGCAUGGCUCCAACCAGUCGUCCUGCUCGCAUUCUUUACUUUAUUCUUUUUCUCCGCCAUCAGCCUUCCUGCAAUGUUUUUCAUUUCUUCGAAAAACCGCGGGCUUGUCACAACCCAACAAAAUCUCCAUUACUUGUGGCGCUUUGGCCCAACCGCUGUGAUCACGCUGGUUUCCAUUCUUUGGUCGAGGGUUGAAACCCAAGCUCUACGAUACAUGCCAUGGAUUGCUCAUCGCUACGAACACUCGCCGAAGAGAUCUUACGACGAUUACGAACUCGACUACACAGCUAUAAUAUCGCCCAAAGUUUUGAUCCAAUCGUUCAAACGGAAACACUAUCUUGUAUUCUUGAUUGCUACAAUUUCUGCUCUUCUCAGGAUUCAAAUGGUUCUUGCCCCUGGCUUGUACAGCUUCGAAAUGGUCAAUGUUACGCAAACAGUCGACAUCGAGAUUUUGGACACUUUCAACACCACUGUACCGUGGUCUCUGUCGGCGCAUUUGAGUCCGUAUUAUAUGGCGCAAGCAACUCAGAACUUCGACAUAGACUAUCCCUUUGGUAUCACUGAGCAACCGUCGUAUCAGACAUUUACAAAUAAAAGGGGCUCUCGAGGCACAACCGACUCGCCUAUCGAGACCAAUGUCGCCGGCUAUCUUACGGAAACGCAGUGCCUGAAGCUAAAAAACCACUCUUACUCAGACAUAGAACCGUUUAACAGCAACUUCUCCAUAUUUUCUGUCCGAGACCUAAUGUUCAAUUUCAAUGGUUACGAGCAGCCAUUACCAAUACGUAGAGACCUUCUCGCCAGUAGCUUAGGAAGAAUGCGGCAGGAGUCUACUUGGAAAAAGAACAAAACCAUCACUCACUGGGCAAGCUUUUCCGAUAUAGCCAGUCAUAUUCAAUGCAAAGGACUGCCUGAAAAGGGUCCUCGGUCUCUGUAUUACGCCGCUCGUUUUGGCAGACCGUCCAAGAAUUCCUCGCCGCCCAUCUUGCUAGACGUUGCAGCAGUGCUCUGUUUCUCUGGCUCUUGGGUCAAGAGAGUCAAAGUCAUCGAUGAUGGCAAAAGUCCUACUGCUGUCGUACUUUCAGACGAAGCUGGACACUUAGCUGAUACAAAUCUGUGGGACUUCAUUGGGAACUCAGCACCUUGGACUAGCUGGAACCUAUCAGGAGUCAACUUGGUGCUGGGGCCCCUUGCGACAGCCUAUUUCUUUUUCGGCAACCUUCCAGGUCUGCAUUUAGACCCAGAGGACGUCGGUAUUUACAUCGACCCAGUGCACGCCUCAUUGUAUACAACUGAGCUACUUUACCAAUCAGCCAUGAACAUGUCUCGCAUUCUCGGCCCAUGGAUCGGACAUUAUCGCCUUCGAAAAAAGACCAAUCAACCACUGUAUACGACUGGCACCAGGCCCGUGACUAUCGGCAAAUUGAUGGUCAACAAGCUGACUUGUUUGUUGAUGACGGUACUCUUUGUACUAAUCAUGGCAAUGCUCACUCUUGUACUUUUUUCCUCCAGAAAUACGACGAAGAUUUGGUAUAGAGAUCUUGCGACAGUCAUGGGAAACAUGAUUUUUCUCCGUACCUGGGGGAGAUAUCCCGAACAAAGAUCAAAGCACUCCUCCACCCGACUCAAAGAGAUCAAAAGUGAAUGGAGUACAUGCAACUUUACCCCCUUGGUACUAAGGGUUUGGGCACGAGUUACGGCCGUUGUACUGGUACUGGCCAUAAUGACGAGCCUCUGCUAUACCCUGAUAUUGUCGACGGCAUCACGAGGAAUUGCGACAAUUCAUUCCGAAACAGGUUACUUGCAUAUGCUAUGGACUUCUUUCCCGGCAUUCACAAUGCUCAGCGUAGCCUUGUACAUCAAUUCUUGCGACUCGGCAUACCGAGGUCUGGCUAUUUUUUCCGCACUUUCCGCAAAAUGCCUUAAGGCUACAGGGCUCGACAUAUCAUUUUCCGACAUGCUGGGGCUGAAAGUACUUUAUCACUCGCUUCGAGCUCAGAUCGGUCUGAUUACUUUAACGCAGUUUCUUGCCAUCUGCUGCGGGUUCCUCACAACACUGAUUUCAGUCAUAUUCACUGUUGAGACUGUUCCGCAGCCGAGCGAGUUACUAUUGCAACCAAUGACCUGGUUUGGGAAUCCUGAAAUUCAGAGUUUCGAUUUCAACGACGAAGGACGCGCUUACAGAAGAAGCGUCCUUGGUAGCCUAGUCAUUCGUCGGGGCGAGCGGAAUCUAACAUACCCUAAGAACACAUAUGAUGAUCUUGUUUUCCCAAUUCUCGGUGCUAUCGACCGUUCACAACUGACACAAAAUCCAUCAGUUAAGGUCAAUCUUACAACAGCCAAACUCAACUCUACCUGCUGGAAAGUACAUUCGACCGUUUUCAAUAUUUCAAUCUCACCUGACAAAGAGUUUCUGGACAUUACCGAAACCUUUACCUGCCCUAACGGGCUUCAGGCAGAGUUGAUACAGAACCUGGGUGUGCAAAUCAAACCUUACUAUUCCGACCAAAAGUACUUCGCUAGCAGGUUGAAAUCCCCCGAAAACCCAGGCCAUGCAAAUGAAUCUUGCAACCUAGGGCUACGAAAGACCGCUGUUGCAUUUGCUCCUACCCGAUUCCAGACGUACGCUUUCGGCAAGAUCUCCCCAGCGAGAACGAACUUUAAACAUUUUUCAAUGAGAAGAUGUAAAUAUACAUGGGUCCAAGUACCCACGGAGGUUAGUCUCAUAUUUCAGGAUGGAGAAUACUCGAUUGAUCAGGAGGUUCCACCACGCCCAAACAUGCUUGCAGCAGAACCCUGGGACACAGCAUUCGCGAUACCAAAUGUCGAUAUCCAAUUCCAAUCCAGGCUGAGAGAUAGAAUGGCAAUUCCCAUUCCACUCAGACCCAACACGACGAAUCUGGAUCCGUGGUUUGAAACCUUGAUACAACCAUUUGGGCGAUUUCCUGCAGAUGCGUUCGGGGACCCAAGCUUUGAGGAAGAGAUUCUUAAAGACGUACAUCACCUUUACGGAUUCCUCGUCGCCCAGCUUGCCAAUGUCGAAAACCGACUUAAGAUCACAGAGAGUUCAAGAGAUGGGCCUGCGCCGUCUCUUCCCAAUCUGAAAGCAACCAUCACCAACCUCAGUCAUCGGCGCCUCAUGCAAGACCCAACAGUGACCUACAUCAUCGUAGCCAUACUCACUUUAACAGCAAUAUCUCAAAUCCUCAUGUUGAUAUCCAGUGUCUUCAAACCUCUCAGAAAAUCACGGCUCUUCAACAUGAAUGUGAAGGGCCUAGCUCCAGACGGCUUUAACAGCAUAGCCGCAAUGACCGCCCUCCUCAAAGACUCAAACGCAAUGGACCACCUCCCCGAAGGCGCGGAGCACAUGUCCAAGAAGGAACUGCACGAGAAGCUCUCCGGUCUCCGCUUCCGAAUGGGCUGGUUCUGGCGCGAGAGUACGCAAACACGGCACUAUACCAUUGGCGUCUUGGAUGAUGAGAACUUUGAGUAUCUGGGGAACAAGGAUGAGAUUGCGAGGGAGGAUGCGUUAUUGAGACAUCCUCCUGAAUAA